AUGCCUCGCCUAUGGUCAAAGUCGAAUCGCUCGCACAAUUCCGUCGACACGCCCUCGUCAGGGCAACCAUCGCCGGCGCCAUCUGGUAAGGGAGCGGUUGGACGCCCAAUAGUUCGUGCGGCUGACGAGCAAGCGCUGGCAGUGAACGACACGGGCACACAACGAUACCAACCUUCUGGCGGCCAGCAAGCCCCUCCACCGACACAACAGCAGCAGCAGCAGCAGCAGCAGCAGCAGCAGCAGCCUCCUGUGCAGCAGAUUCCCGCUGGUGUGUCGCAGGAGCAGUUUAGACAGCAGUUCCCUCAGCGGAGUGCGAGCCAGGCCAACAACCGCCUGAGCGCACAUGUCGACCAGCUGCCGCAAAACUACCAGCAACAGCCCGGCCCUCCGCAGCCCUCACCCGGCCUCGAUCAGGACCGUCGCGGCUCCUACCAGCCCCAAUCCUCGCCUCAAGUCUACGGCCAGGAGCCCAAGAAACAGUCGCUCCGCAGCCGCAUUGCAGCCGGAUUCACUGGGCACAAGGACGACGAGUCCUCCAAGCAGGCACACAAGAACGGCGUAGGAAGACGCCAAUCAGUCAGGAAGACCGACCCCAGACUCCAAGACUACUCGUCGCAGGAGGGCAAUCGACUGCAGCAGUGGCAUCAAAGUCAAGGGUCAAGCCCGCAUCUGCCCGCGUCCAACGAGCAAGACGAGGACCAUCUCGAUCCUUUCCUGCAGCAAGACGGCCACGACACACCCCAGGUGCCGCCGAAAGAUCUCCAGUAUCAGCAGCAGCAACAGCAGCAGCAGUUUGUUUCAACCCCGCGUCAGGAACAGUAUAAUCGGCCCCCACUCGGCAGGGUAAGCACAGAGGGCAGCUAUCAGGCCCAAGGCGGGGUAGAUCAUUACAGUCCCGAUCAACACCAAGGCCAGGGUCUACAGCAACCACAACAGCAAAUAAACCAACAGCAGUACCAAAGCUACCAGCCUACUGUGCAGCAUCCGCAGACCCCGAACGAGUAUCAGGCAUUCAAUCCACAAAACGUGCCAAGCCCUCUACUAGGAAACGCUCAGCUGCACGGCCAGGGUCAAGAACCUACACCGCAACAACAAAACUACUACCCAUACCAACAGCAACAAGCACCUCAGCAGGUUCAAGGACAGUCACCGCAGGAUAAUUCGUCACAGAACAUUCACUACCAACAGCAACAGCAAUUCGUGCCUCAGCCUCAGCCGCACAUAAAUCAAGACGUACAGCAGCAACAGCCUCAAACUGUACGCCCGCCCUCUCAAAAGCAACCUGAACUGCAACACCCACAGGCCACUCGUCAACUCCCCCAGAUUGUGCAACAGGGGCAGCAAGCUGAUACGCAACAUUUACAACAGCUCAGACCGCCUUCUUCGCAGCAGCAUCAGCAAUUUGCCCCACCGUCACCCCUCCAACCCCCAUCCUAUCAAACCUACGACGCACAGCAAGGCAAACAAUCGCAACCGUCCGACUUGCACGCGCAUAACAUAACGCCCCCUCAGCAAGGACAGGAUAAUAUGGCUCCUAGCGGUCAGGGCGCUAGUAGGAACACGCUGCGGAAGGUCAACGAUGGCGGCCAGCAGCAGCCAGGGGCACCGUCACGAGAGUCUUCUCUGCUUCAACAGCCCCCAGCUCAAGGUCAGCCUCUCGGACAACCGCCUGUGUCGCCAGGCAUCGCAUCAUUCGACGCUAACGUCGUACCAACAGCUUCGCAAGGUCAGCCAUACCGAGGCGAGAAGGGACAGCAGGGUCACCAGGCAGGAGAGAUGGGACGAGCGACACCUCCACCACGGUCAUCUACCACGACCGAUAUGUCAGACGAGGAAAUUGAGAAGAUGAUGAAGGAGCACGAGGUGCUGCGCGAGAAGUACCAGAAGGUCAAGCGAUACUUCUUUGAGCAGCAAACACAGGUACACCAACUGCAAAAUACCCUGGCAAACCAGCGUCUCUCCCUUUCUCGGACAGCUUGGGACGACAGCGAAUACGCUACACGUUUCAACAGAUUAGACGGGCUAAUAGCGCAGCUGUCAUUCUCAAUUCGCAAGGAUUGGAAGUCAAUUCCACAUUGGUUGCACGUAGUGGUCAACAAGACCGCCGUGGAGACUGGUAAACAGGAAAUGACUGCUGUUGGCCGUGCUUUCAUCUCACAUUGGCUGGUGGAAAACAUCUUCGACAAGUACUUUCAUCCGGAUCUAGAACCUGGCUUCUCAACUCAGUUGCAAACGAUAGCUCUCAACAUCCGCAGAUUCUCUCCACCCUGCCACAGUGCAGAGGACGAGGAGUCUCUCGCUGCAAAGGUCAUCAAUUGGCGGUUGGCCACACUUGAGGGUCUUGCAGAUCUGCUGAGAGCACCACAGGCCGCAAUACACCGGCAGACGCUAAUUGAAACACUCAAUGAGAAGCUCAUUGCCUCUCUCCAGAUGCAUUUGAACGAGCCUGCACCGCCUGAUCUCAACGGCGGCGUACCCAUGAUUGUCGAGUUGGCUGUCAGCGUUCUACAGCAUCUACCACUCGAGAGCCGAGAGGUGCACAUCGAGUAUUUCCCGCCAGGUCAUGGCAUUGUACCCGACUUUAUGAAGAUAGAAACCGGCAUUCCAGCACUGACAGCCCCCAUCACCGACUUGGACGAGGCGGAUCGAGCUUCGAUGAGGAGCGUUGGGUCCAAAGUCCACGAGGAUAAUGCUUCCAUCGCCGAACAGGAGCAGCAAACCCAACCGGGCGCGCUGCCUCCGAAAGAAGACAAGAAGCGUGGCAUGUUUGGCUUUGGUGGUUCGAAGAAGCCCACAGCGGCUCCUGCGUCGCUCGGUAAGCGCGAGUCUUCACUCGGUCAGGGCGGAAGCCAGCAGAGCCUCACACAAAACCCGCCGGGAAGCUCGAGCGGACCGAAGGAUGAGCCACCGCCGCGCGUGCGCUUGGCAGUCGGUGUUGCCGUACAGAUUCGCGGCAAGAGCAUAUUGAUGAAGGCGCCUGUGUAUAGCACGUGA